GCCGUAAGUCGCGGUGGUUCCGGCGUGCGCCCGGAUGACGUGGCGGGAACGGCGGAAGCGGCGCCUCCUUUUCUUCGGCGGAGACGGGGAUGGCGCCGGCGGGGUUCCUGUGGUGCGUGGCGGCCCUGCUGGUCGUGCGAGGCCGCGCCGACGAGCAUGAGCACACGUACCAAGAUAAAGAAGAAGUUGUUUUAUGGAUGAAUACCGUAGGACCAUAUCACAAUCGCCAGGAGACAUACAAAUACUUCUCUCUUCCCUUCUGUGGUGGAUCAAAAAAAAGCAUUGGUCAUUAUCAUGAAACACUGGGAGAGGCACUCCAAGGAGUUGAACUAGAGUUCAGUGGUCUGGACAUUAAAUUUAAAGAUGAUGUAAUGCAGACCACAUACUGUGAAAUAGACUUGGAUAAACAAAUAAGAGAUGCUUUUGUUUAUGCUAUCAAAAAUCACUAUUGGUAUCAGAUGUAUAUAGAUGACUUGCCAAUAUGGGGUAUUGUUGGUGAGGCUGAUGAAAAUGGUGAAGAUUACUAUCUCUGGACAUAUAAAAAACUUGAAAUAGGUUACAAUGGAAACAGAAUUGUGGAUGUGAAUCUUACUAGUGAAGGGAAAGUCAAAUUGGUUCCCAACACCAAAAUCCAGAUGUCUUAUUCUGUGAAAUGGAAAAGGUCAGAUGUGAAGUUUGAAGAUAGGUUUGACAAGUACCUUGACCCCUCUUUCUUUCAACACAGGAUUCAUUGGUUUUCAAUCUUCAAUUCCUUCAUGAUGGUCAUUUUCCUGGUGGGCCUGGUUUCUAUGAUUUUAAUGAGGACACUGAGAAAAGAUUACGCACGAUAUAGUAAAGAAGAAGAAAUGGAUGAUAUGGAUAGAGAUUUGGGUGAUGAAUAUGGCUGGAAGCAAGUCCAUGGAGACGUCUUCAGACCAUCUAGUCAUCCUUUAAUAUUUUCAUCCCUUAUUGGUUCUGGCUGCCAAAUCUUUGCGGUGUCUUUCAUUGUGAUCAUUGUUGCAAUGCUGGAGGACUUGUACACAGAGAGAGGAUCAAUGCUAAGUACCGCUAUUUUUGUUUAUGCUGCAACAUCCCCAGUGAAUGGCUACUUUGGAGGAAGCCUUUAUGCCAGGCAGGGAGGAAGGCGGUGGAUAAAGCAGAUGUUCAUUGGGGCAUUCCUUAUUCCUGCAAUGGUGUGUGGUACUGCCUUCUUCAUUAACUUUAUUGCCAUUUAUUAUCAUGCGUCAAGGGCUCUUCCUUUUGGAACAAUGGUGGCCGUGUGCUGCAUCUGUUUCUUUGUUAUUCUUCCUUUGAACCUUGUCGGCACAAUACUUGGGCGAAACCUUUCAGGUCAACCUAACUUUCCUUGUCGAGUUAAUGCUGUCCCUCGUCCAAUCCCAGAGAAAAAAUGGUUUAUGGAACCAGCUGUUAUUGUUUGCUUGGGUGGGAUUCUUCCAUUUGGAUCCAUUUUCAUUGAAAUGUAUUUUAUAUUCACCUCCUUCUGGGCUUACAAGAUCUAUUAUGUUUAUGGCUUCAUGAUGUUGGUGCUGGUUAUACUCUGCAUUGUAACUGUGUGUGUGACAAUCGUCUGUACAUAUUUUCUACUGAAUGCAGAGGAUUAUAGGUGGCAAUGGACAAGUUUUCUAUCUGCUGCUUCAACUGCAAUCUAUGUUUACAUGUAUUCCUUUUAUUACUAUUUUUUCAAGACAAAGAUGUAUGGUUUGUUUCAGACAUCAUUUUACUUUGGUUAUAUGGCAGUAUUUAGCACAGCCCUUGGAAUAAUGUGUGGAGCUAUCGGCUAUAUGGGAACAAGUGCCUUUGUUAGAAAAAUCUACACCAAUGUGAAAAUUGACUAAGGAAACUGAACCAUGGAGCAGUUAACCUGUGGGGCUGGGGUGGGGACAGAGUAUAUAUAAACUUGCACACCAAAAAGCGCAAGAAGAAAAUUGUGUGUUUAACACUGGGCACUCUGUGGGUCUCUCUCUUUCUCUCUCUCUCUCUCUUAUGGAUCAUUUAAAGCAACACCUCCUUUCAUUGAUCCUCGUUCUUACUGACUUCCUCCAACUCUUCGCAACCAAUGCUUGGAUUGUAUUCAGUAGGUAUUUCCACAGUACAUGCUAAUCCCCUCCCCCUCCCCCCAAAUAGCUCAGAAAGAUGAAAUAGACUAGCUCUCUUCAGUGAAGAGGACAAACUGUAUUUAAGCAUAUGUUACAUUCAAUUUAAAAGGAAAGUGAAACACAUGGAUCCUUAAAAUAUCAAAUUAGUUACUGGUACUUUAAUUCCUGUUCUGGAAGGAUUUCAUCACCCCAGGGUUUAGUGCUGUUUGACUGGGUGAAGAAACUCUUGGAAGUUCCAGGAUAACUUGCAAUAUCAGCUGCUUCAAAACCCAUGUAUUUGUUAAAAACGCAAAUGUUUGCAUGCAAUAUCCGUUUAAUAGGACCUACUUUCCAUUUGCUCAUUAUAAAAGGAAUAUCCAGCUAUAUCUGAGAGCCAUCUCAAGAAACUUAAGUACAGAGGUGGAACUCGGCAGUGCAAUUUUUGUACAGUCAGCGAGCAGAAAUUAAGACGGUGCAUUCUGUUUUUAUUCAACACCUGGAAGUCUCAAUUUAAAAUAAUAAUAAUAAUAAUAAUUGAAUGUCUGCAAUGAUUUAUUUCUUUUCUUAUUUCCUAAUUCAACCACCCACCCCCAGUUUGGAGUGUUUACUUGAUGAUUUAAAAGGGGUAACAAGUGUAUAAAACGUUUAAUGAUGUAACUUAGAUGUAGCUCCCAAAUGUAUUUGGAUGUACAGAUUUACUAAAGAAUACUUUUUUCUGAUGAUUCAGUGUAAAAAAAUGUGUGAAUUUAGGUGGCUUUUUACAUCUUGCCUGCUGUUGCAUGAAAUGUCGGGGGGUUUCCUUGCAAUAUGUGUGUCAUGUUUUCUGUUUCCCGGAGCUCUUUCAAAAGCAAAUACUUGUAAUUUAUAACAGUUUAAUUUUUUUUUUGUUUAGUUUUCUCUGGACACUUGUGUAAUAAUACCUAAAGCAGCCCGGCUUCAAGUGUUCAUACAAUUUAAAAUAAAACUUUUCAGACCAAUGUUCUGAUUGUGAAAAAAAACAGACAUAUUUGCAGUUUGAAGUUUUUUUAGCAGAACAUCAGAACGCCUGAUUCUAAGCAAAGCUCUUAAUAUAUUCUUCAGAGGACAAAAGCCAGAUGUUUUUUGACACUCCCGAUUCAGAGUGCUCUGAACCUCUUGAAUAUGGGUGAGGAACCAAUGAUCUCCAGUUAACGUUCGACUGAAGCCCGUAUCACGGCCUUUAUGCUUGUGACAAAUGGGUUAGAGUUCAACAAUAUCACGAGAAGCACUGGUUCCCAACUCCAAAACAAUUGGACUGAUGUAUGAGAUGCUGCAUUGCAUGUAGUGAAAAGUGGUGGACUAGGGAGACCAAGGGCCGCCAUUUUCUGAAAGUUAUAAAACUUUGAUGCUGCAGAGCCUUCCAAGUUUCUUGUUUUAAAGAAAUUUUUCAGGUAAAUUUUAGCAUGUUUCCUCAAGCAAAGCCCGAUACCAAAUAAAUGAAGGUAUCCUCAAAAGGCAAGUAACUGUGAGGAGGAUUUGUUAAUCCUUAAGCAAGUGAGUGUGUAUGUGUGUUGAGUGUAAAACAAAGCGUUGUUUUUCCUAAGGUAAGUUCACUGGAGACUUAUUUUCACAUUGUGCAAGAGAAAUAAAUACAAUUUUACAGUAAAUGAACUGUAGCUGAUUAUAUUCUGUUAUAUGUGUAGCCAAAUUCCAUGGUAUUCUUCUCCUGUCUAAAUGGACAGAUAUUAAACGAUUUUGGCCCUCUG